AUGCCUCUAAUGAAGACAAUUUGUUGUGCGAUGGGCGCUAUGUUCACGUCGACUGCAAAAUUUACGACGCCUAUAGCGCAAAUGGCGCAAGCUCGUGUCCCAUUGAUCAAGUUCAUUGGUGCUCGACUGCCUAGGCCGGACUUUUCGCGAGUCGUAUCGGGUCCAAUUCCAUCACCACCCAUUCCUCCCGUCGCAUCAGCCGGAUCGGUUGAUGGUACCGUUCAAAAACAUGCCGGAUACGCAAUCUCCGAGGACGAGCUUCCAGUUCGUUUUCGACGCCCUCUUAUCGACCAGGAGGAAUGUGAUGCGAUAAAUUUUGAGGCGGCAUGGACACCACCGUGCGGACACCUCGGCAACGUUCACAUACUAUUUAUCAAAGAAGCAGUCGAUCCGAUGGAGAUCAUCUAA